AUGAAAGCCUUUGACUUCACACUGUCCACGAUGGUUCUGCUCCGAAGACCCUUCUUUGGGUUGCUGGCCUCUGUGUGGAUAAUAGGUGCUGUUCUGUCUGCAGUAAAAUGCUCUGAGAGCAGAGGUGAAACAUCUUUCCUGGACAAACGUGACUUGACUCACUUGGGUGCCAUUUUCGACAAGCGCGAAGCCCGCUCCUCUGGCAUGUUGGAUUUUCUCGCCAAAUGCCAUAUCAACACAGUCUCGGCCAAAGCCAACAUCUCAAGAACACAGAGAGCAAAGAAAGCUGGAGGUGAGUCCUUUUCAUUGUUCUGUCCUGGGUUGGAAGAGAACGAUCGGAAACUGGAAAAUAGCCUCCCAGUUGACAAGCAUCCCUCCAAGCUUACCAUCUUCUUGUGGACCUGGCCUUUUGGCACACCUGUUCCUAUCAAAAGGUGUUCCCAGCUGCUGGGCAUCCCGGACUGCUACAUCACAGCUAACUGCAGCCGGUACCAAAAGGCCGAUGCGCUCAUUGUACACCACCGGGAUGUGUGCCGUAGCCCCAGGAGACUCCCUCAAGAGCCUAGACCACCGUUCUAACACUGGAUCUGGUUCAACAUGGAGUCACCCACCGCCUCUCCCAACCUCAGCAUGAUGGACAACCGCUUCAAUCUCGCCAUGUCCUAUCGGAGAGACUCAGAUAUCUUCACCCCUUAUGGGUGGAUGGAAGUUCUCUCUCAGCCGCAAAAUAUCACCAUCCCACCCAAGUCUAAGUUGGUAGCGUGGGUGGUGAGCAGCUGGAAACCUGGCACUCAUCGCGUGAAAUACUAUGAGGAACUGGAGAAGCACCUCCAGGUGGACAUCUAUGGAGAGCAUCUCCUACCUCUCCCAUGGGAUAAACAUCUGUCCACAAUAUCCCAGCACAAAUUCUACCUAGCCUUUGAGAACUCCAUUCAUGAGGACUACAUCACCGAGAAGGUCUGGUAG